UCGCCUUCCCAGGAACCCGCACGCCCGCCCGCACGCCCGCCCGCACGCCCGCCCGACGAGCCAGCGCCGCUGCCCGACCAACGUGAGGCUCCCACUGGUGCCGAGACAACCGCUCGUGCAGCCCUUGGCCUUAUCCCAUUCGGCCUGUCGUCGUGUCGCCGCCUCGGCAAGUUCUUUUUGGGAGGUGCUUCAUGAUACCGUCGCCUACCGAACCCCCGCCAGCCAACCCGUCACGCCGCCCUGCACGACCUGACCAAUGUACGCUCCAUGUCCUCCGUUCCUCCUGCUCCGGAUAAUACCUCACCUUCCACCCCGGUGAGAUCCUCCAGGAUCUCCCGCGAUCGCCGUCAUGCGUCGUCUGCGUCCGACGACGACGGGGAUGCGAAGGUGACACCAAAGACACUCUCGCAAACUGGCAGAUCCAGGACCGCGCCGCUUUCCCUCGAUUCCCUCUACGCCCCUUCCGCGCACCUGCCCCAGCUCUCCGAGCGUGACAGCAUCUUCGCGACAAACUACAUUCCAACAGACAGUCCUGCUGAUUCUCCCAACCACGAACCCCGCAAAUCCGCUGAAGCUGCGGCCGACUGCGAGAGGCAAGACCAACAGUCGGCCGCCGACAUGGCCGCCUCGCCCCUUAGGAAGCUCAUGGACCCUCCCCUUCUUCGCCAACCGCACCAUCUCUACUCUCAGUCGCCGUCUACGUCACCGUCAUUGGACCACUCCGCCCUGGUUGACGAAUUCCAAAAGAUGAGACAAGUCGGGGGCAGCGUGCCUCCUGAUGACCCCCAGAAGCCUUCCAGGACCCAUGUCAUACCGCAAUUUUUGCGUGCCGGCGGAAUUGACCAGCCGACAAAACAAGAUCAGCACUCGCCGUAUAAUUAUCCCAUUGAUUCUCCCCACAAACAGCCGUCAACUCCGCAAGAACACCCCUCAGCGCAGGACACAUUGGAUAGUGAUGAGAGGGUGCGGUACCGGUCUUGGAGAGAAGGAAAGCCAACGUUGUCCGUCGGUGCCAUGGCUGCACACCAACAUGCAAAGGAUGGAGGCAAUACGCGUGUAGACAAGAAAAUCGAAGCAACCUUACCCAAGGCCGAACCAAGCGCUGUUGCUGCUCGGAGUCGCAAGGCUAGUCACUAUCUCGGGCUUUUCAAAGAGAAUGAGGCAGCCCAAGAGCAAAAGAAGCGCGCAAGAGAGCAUCUCGAUGCUGAAUUGGCAAAACAAGAAAGCCGUGAACACUCGACCGCUGGACGAGAGGCCCUUACCGAGAUAGCGGUUGUCGACGACGAUGCUCUCCAUACGCUCGAGGUACCGGACGAUGGUCGUCCAGACACGACAUCACCUUCACCGCGGAAGUCACCAUUAUCCGAUACGCCCAGCAGAGGCCGUCGUGUGGAGAGGGAUGACCACGGUGUUUCCGAGAAUUCACAGAGCGGUCUGACAGCUCACCGACCUCAUGGGAUUCCCUUGACCCUUCUGGAAGAAAUCAAAAAUUUUCAUAACCUCACACCUGCCGCGCAACGAGGUCCAUCCAAAGGUGUGGAGUCAGAGCGUUUAAGGUCAUCUAAGCCGGUUCGAAAUGAGUCAUCAAGAAAGGGAACAGACUACUUUGGGUUGCCUCCUGAGCAUCUUGACGACAAGCCUGUCCUGACCGACGAAGACGAUGAAUCCGAAAAAGAACAUAUCUCAUCAGCGUUGUACUUCCCACAUCGUCAACUUACUCCCACCAAAGGCACCCCCGACCAACUCAGCCCCGUAAGAGAGGAAUUGCCUUCUCAGGCGACACCCACUAGGGAUGACAAUCAAAGGUUCCCUGCUGGUUGGGAGAAAAAGUCUACCACAACGCCCGAUGCGGUGCAGAUAUCUCUUCAGUCACGAGAUGAAGACAAAGAGCAAUAUCUUCAUGGGGAGGUCAGACCGUCGUCGCCAACGCCAGAACCGGAGCACCAAGAGCGCAUUGUUUCUGAAUCAGAACACUACCUUUCGUACUCAGAAUCUGAGUACGAGUCUUAUGAUGAAUCCGCUCGUUCUGCCCAAGGAGGGUAUGAAUCUAGUGCUAGUGUCGCUGAUGAGUUAGGGACUACGCCUACCCAAACAUCUUUCCGCGAUACAACCUCCACAACACCCGGAAAACCUCAUCAUCAUCACCAUCACCGUCACAAACGCCAUCAUGAUGCAGCCCCUCUUGGAGCCGUAGAGCUGAAACCUUAUGCCCAUCAGGUCGGCGGACAUUCUACUGUGUAUCGCUUCUCAAGGCGAGCCGUGUGCAAGCAACUGAACAACAGGGAGAAUGAGUUCUACGAAAUCGUGGAACGCCAUCAUCCUGAAUUGCUUGAUUUCCUGCCAAGAUAUAUCGGUGUCUUGAACGUUACGUACCGGAAAGCCCCGAAGCGAAAGAAGACGGCCAAAGAUGACACAGCAAAAGAAGCCGACACCAAAAACAGUGAUCGUGCGGAACCCGACACUCCUGCCAAAUCGGGUCACGAAGCAGUGCCUUCGGACCAACAGUUUCCAACAAAAACGAAUGGCGACACAGCUGAUGCCCAGCCUCGGAUGGUGAGCCAUUCGCAGCAGGUUAUGCCGGUGCCACAAGUCAUUUUCGAGAACAACCGGCACAUCAUCCCUGAGAACUUAUUCCGCUACCCACCACGAUCAAGCACGCCGAGGCCGCAUAGCUCCCAUGCCUCUAUGCUCACUCGCGAGAGUCGAAGCAAUAGUAGCUCAGAGCGGUAUCGCCCGGCGUCUGCUAGCACCAGUCCCUCUCGACCAGAGCUGAAACAAUCUAUGAGCUGGGGUGCUACGACUGUCAACAGAAAACUGCGCGAACAAGUUCUUAAGGAGGUGUUUACUCCUCCGACUAUUCAUCACCACUACCGCCAUGAUCGGAACCAUCAUAGCUUGCCCGGGAGAAAGCGUGGUCUGGAUUCAAAGUCGAUAGAUGUUGAUACUUCUCCUGCACGCCGCAGAGGCAGUGCUGAUCUUCCUACGAGACAAGCUUUUAUGGAUGACUGUGGAAGCCCUCGGAAGCAGGUGCUCAAGUCGGAAGCUGGACGUCAUCUUCUCAACCCGACGGCUGGUGGGGAAAGCAGGUCAUUAGAAAGAUUCCCUUCCUUGCCACAGCUUAAAGGGAUAGAUUCAGCUAAAGAGGUUGAAGAAGUAACGUCCACUAGCCCUCAUGUCCCAAGGCGUCGCCAUUCCGGCGGUGGCCUUCGCAGACCGCCGCGGGAGCUUGAUGUCGGCGGCAGACGGGCAUUAGAGUAUCACGAGGAAGACGGAUACGGAGGCGACCGUGAAGAUGAUGUGUUCACCAUGGAUGAAGACAGGAAGAUAUCUUCUUCUCAGGAAAAUGGAGAGGCACGUUUGCCAACCACCCCUGAGAAGCAAAAUAAUCGGGCGGAUGCAAACACUGGCAUUGGUAGCAUGCUCCCUGCCCCGGUCAUGGCCCCCGAAACUCCGAAACAAACACCCAUGAAAGACCCUCGUAACCCCAAUCAAGCAGCAGUUGUGCAACCGGACGAACGAGUGCAGCACUUCAUUUUGCUUGAGGACCUUACCGCGGGAAUGUCCAAGCCCUGCGUACUUGAUCUUAAGAUGGGCACCCGCCAAUAUGGCGUGGAAGCUAAUGAGAAAAAACAACGUUCGCAGCGGCGCAAGUGUCAAAUGACAACAUCCCGGGAAUUGGGCGUUCGCGUCUGCGGUAUGCAGGUCUGGAACGUCAAGACACAGUCCUACAUUUUUGAGGACAAAUAUUUUGGCCGCGACCUUAAAGCCGGCAAGGAGUUUCAGGAUGCGUUGACACGUUUCUUCUUCGACGGCCACGGAUACUCCAGCGCCAAGAAGCAUAUUCCUGCGAUUCUGGACAAGAUCGCCUCACUUGAACGGAUGAUCAGGCGCCUUCCCGGCUACCGCUUUUAUGCCAGCAGCUUGCUCAUGCUAUACGAUCGUGGCGAGCCUUCUAUCGAGCCCGUUUCUAAAACUUCAAGCCGUCGCUCUUCUGAGGACGGCAGAACGUCAAGGGCUUCAGAGGAAAACCGGGCCAAAAACGAGAUCAAGCUCAAGAUUGUUGAUUUCGCCAAUUGUGUCACUGCGGAGGAUGCACUGCCGGAAGAUGUGCCUUGCCCGCCAGGUGACCCCUCCGGGGUGGACCGAGGGUACCUCCGCGGUCUGCGCACGCUGAGGAUGUAUUUCCAGCGUAUCUGGCGCGAGCUCAACGACGACAAAGAGUGGGUUGAGCGCGGAGAAUGCGAAGGUCUGCAUAUCGGCGAAGGCGAUAUCGGCCAUGGCAUGGUUGUUGAGGGCUGGGUAGACGGACCUGUGGUGGAAGAGGACCCAGGAAACGUCAGCGUGUAA